AUCUAAACCAACCAAGAGAGAUGAAAAAGAACGGAAGAGGAGGAGUCCCUCCCCUAAGCCCACCAAAGUUCACGUCGGAAGGCUUACUAGAAAUGUCACAAAGGAUCACAUCAUGGAAAUAUUUUCUACUUACGGAAAGAUCAAGAUGAUUGAUAUGCCAGCAGAUAGGCUCAACCCCCACCUUUCCAGAGGCUAUGCCUACGUAGAGUUUGAGAAUCCAGAUGAUGCUGAAAAAGCAUUGAAACACAUGGAUGGAGGUCAAAUCGAUGGGCAGGAGAUUACCGCCACAGCUGUUUUAGCGCCUCGACCCAGACCUCCUCCGAGGCGUUUCACCCCUCCCAGAAGGAUGUUGCUACCGCCCCAUCCAGGUCUCCCAGGCGCAGAUCCCCAGUUCGCAGGCGGUCCAGAUCCAGAUCUCCAGGCCGGAGGCGUCACCGCAGUCGAUCCAGUUCCAAUUCUUCUCGAUAAAACGCAGGACAAGGCAGCUCUGUUUUUUUUAAAAGUUAAAAGUGCACCCAUUUAAAAUGGUCUCUUUUUUUAAAGGAAAAAACAAUGGAAUCAGAAUAAAGGAAAGAGGCGGUUGAGAAAUGAUAAAAACCAGCUAAGAAUCUUGGAUCAGAUUGGGUGGAGAUGUUCCUUUGGUUUUGCCAUUCUCAAAGAUAAUUUGUUAUUUUAGAGAAAAAUCUACAAUUCCAAGAAAAUUGCUUGCUUUUCAGACAUGCCAAAAUGGCUCGGACAUAUAUUUCAAUGUCAAAAUGUUUUUGUCCCCUUUCACUAAAUCAGUAAAUUUUUAUACCCUCACUUUGUUUCUAAUCCUCUCUUGCCAGCCCAAAAUUACAUCUUGGCCAUUGGCCGUAUUGGUUGAGUCUGUGACAAACUGAAAAUAUCCCUUAAAUUAAAUUCUUUAUAUUAGUGGUACAGAAAAAAAAAAUCCCAGUUCCUGCCAAGAACGCUGUAAAUUCUUUUGCUUUUUAAAAGAUGUGCAAAAUACAUGAGCUGAAAAAUAGUAUUUUCCUGAUCUGUUUGGGAGGUGGGUGGGAGCGAGGAUUUUGUGAUCGGAAUAACCGAGAUUCAGAUUCUAAAAGGCCAGCGAACCUUCAGCCUGUUGUACAGUCAUUACUAUAAAGUUUGAUUUUUGUAUAACUUGGUGGCAUCUUGUUGUCAUGUUGUGUUUGUACUUGUGUAGAAUGACAAAUAAACCCAUAAGGUUUA